AUGGGGCAGGGUUUCUCGGGCUGGAGGAAGGAGGACGAUGUCCCUGCAGAACCUGACCCGAAUUUGUACAGUUUUGCAUCCGAACAACCGUCUCUGGGGGAAGACCAUGAUACCUCGCAUAAUCAGAACAACCCUGGGGAAGACAUACCACCGUCCACCCAUGGUGGCCCAUCGAACGUGACAAUCCAUGGCGGAAUUUUCAACAAGGCGGGCCGAGAUUUCCACCAACACCAGCACCAGCAUCACCAUUACCACGGUUAUCCAAACGAGGGGCGGUCUAUAGACCGUCCUGCUCUCGACAGAAUCCUUUCUCGGCUGGUUCCCAAGGUCAACUUCCGAGCCAUCUACCUCGAUGUUCAGAAAAAAUGUACGCGGGGCACAGGGGAGUGGUUCAUCAGGAGUCGCCUGUACCGCGAAUGGAAGAACAGCGCAUGUGGGAUCCUUUGGGGUAUGGGAAUGCCGGGGGCCGGAAAGACUGUCCUAUCGUCCACCGUGAUCAAGGACCUCCUACGCCUAGAGCAGGAGUCGGACGACGUGAGCGUCGUCUUCGUAUUCUGUCGAUACACCGAGCCUCUUUCUGUCAAGGACAUCCUGGAAGCCAUCAUCAAAGAAUAUCUCGAGCAACAUCCCUUCCUGAUCAGCGUCGUCGAGCCGCUUUACAGUCGUCACGAGCUGACGAAGACAGAGCCCUCUGAGGAUGAACUAGUCACACUGCUGGCAGACAUCGAAACCUUCUUCCGAAAGAGUUUCUAUGCACUAGAUGGCGUCGACGAGGCACGGAACGACGUCCAAUUCGAUCUUAUCAAGCUAUUCAAUUCGCUUCAGGGAAACAUCAUCCUUUUCUCCCGCCCUCUAGACGAGCUCGGCGCCUACCUUGACUAUGCUGUGCUGUUUUCCGUCUCUGCGCAAGCCGAAGAUCUAGAGGUUAUGAUCGCAGACAAACUUGACCGCCACGUCACCCUCAGGCGAAUUCUCUCGAACCCAGAGCACAAACUUGAGGUCGUCAGAAGAAUACAGGAGAAAUCCGCUGGCAUGAUGUUGCAUGCUUCCCUUCAGAUUGAAGCUCUUCAGGGUUGCGCCACUAUCAAGAGUGUACGCCGACGACUCGAGGAGUUCCCCGCCAAACUUGAAGACAUGUAUGAAGCGACUAUGCAGCGCAUUGAGGCCCAGCCACCAGAACUGGCCGACCUGGCCAAGCGUGCGCUUCUGUGGGUUGUGUUUGCGCAAAGGACUUUGGGCAUCGAAGAAUUGCUGCAUUUUUUGUCUUACUGUCCGGAGACGGGAGUUUUCGACCAAGAGCAAGCGGUAGACCAGGCGACUCUGCUCGCAGUCUGCUGUGGCUUGAUCGACAUCACCCGAUAUCCCUAUGUUGGUGGUGAUGUUCGUCUCGUCCAUUUCACUUCGAAAGAUGCUUUAGAGGCCAUCCUCUGCCGCAAAUACCCAUACCCGCACGCCCUUCUGCUGAGAACCUGCCUUCAAUGGUUGGCGAAUUGUGGCAUCCCGCACUGGACAGGGGCCAACCUGUACCCCGACAAUGUCCUUUUCCGUGACUACGCCUACACUUAUUGGGCGAACCACGCUAAGCAGUGCAGCGAAGAUCCCCAUAUGAAGAAAGUCGUUCUGCGUUUCCUUCAGCAAUGUACCAAUUACCCGUUGCUCCUUGUCCCGCCUGCUUCCGUCGAAGUCGAUUUCCUGCGCCCCCUUCACGUGGCAGCUCAGUGCGGUCUCCGCUAUAUUUUGGAGCCAAAGGCUGCUGAUGCCAUUCGUGCGUAUGGGUGGGACGUCAACGGGCGAACGAGCCUUGGAGCUACAGCACUUGCUCUAGCUUCACCAGAAGUUCUCGAUCUCCUCCUAGAAGUCGACGGCAUCGAUGUCAACGCCAGGGUCCAGGGCGGGAACACUCCGCUUAUGUAUGCCUGUUUCAGGGGGGACGAGAAAUCAGUUUCUCGUCUUCUUGGUGUCAAGGGCGUAGACGUGAACAUCCAAGACAGCCGUGGUUAUACAGCGUUGAUGCUGGCACUCGAGGCUUGUUGGCUGGCUGGCGUUGUUGGUGAUGGAAACGUGGAUUGCUUGCUCAAGCACGAUGGGAUCCUGGUCAACACUGCGAGCUCCGGCGGUGUUACUCCCUUGAUGUUGGCGUCGCGCUGGUGCAAUAUCCGCAUCGUAGAACAACUACUCGAGUUCGAAGAUAUCGAUGCGAAUGCCAUGUGCAAUGCAGGGCGAACCGCACUGUCAGAGGCAGUGACCUCAUGCAAUCACCCCCCUCAUCUAGCUGGAGAGGCCUGCGGUGAAAGCAUUGUUGAUCGCUUGCUCCAGUCCAUGAGUAUCGAUGCUAUCAUCUCCACAGACCAUGAGGGCAGGACAGCUUUAAUGCAGGCCUGUGCGACCUUCUCCCAGUGUGGUGCAGUUGUCCGACGUUUACUCCAUGUCGAAGGCAUUCCACUUGACACAGUCGAUCGUCAGGGUCGCACCGCAUUAUCCUUAGCGAGCGACACCAUUGUCGAUAUUCUACUGGAACACGCGAGCCACGGAGAUUUCAACGCCUGGACCCAAUUUAGACAAUUCGGUCUUUCGUCAGCAGCACGAUGGGGGCGUGCCAGUACUGUCGAGAAGCUCCUGGAGAUUGGAGGGCUUGACGUAAACGAGGUAGACGAACAAGGGCGAACGCCCUUGAUGCUUGCAUGCGACCUCAGCGUUUGUUUUGUUCCAGAUGCCAGUGAUCGGCGCUACAGAACUGCAAAAGUCCUUGUGGAACAUGAAGACAUCGACUUGGAUCGACGAGAUAGCGAAGGGAAGUCUGCUUUGAUGAUUGCGGCGGACAACGACAUGGACGAACUUGUGGAACUUCUCCUUCAACAUGGAGCAAGUCGUGAAGGCUUCGAGUUUAUUUACGGGAUUCCGGAUUGGUUUUUCUACUAUGGCUUUGAUCUAGGCCUCCCCUUUUUAUGA